AUGCAGUACAUCACCGCCAUCCUUGCCCUCGCCGCCACUGCCUUCGCCCUCCCCGGCGGCCACGGCGGCCACGGCGGCCACGGCGGCGAGAACCAAGUCGGCAACGUCUGCGCCUCCAAGCAGACCGUUGUCUGCUCCGGCCAGGGCAAUGGCGGCCUCAUUACCCUCGGCAACGUUCUGCCCGGCGCCCUCGGCGAGAACUGCGCCGCUGGCGACGUCUACUGCUGCUCGCACGACGGGGUCCAGCAGUCCGGCCUGGUCAACCUGGAUGUCAACGCCCAGUGCUCGCUCAACCGCGUUCUCUAA